AUGGAGCCCUACAGUAUAUCGACUCAACUGACCCUUGCUCAGAUGCCGGAACUGUACUUCUUUGCUGCAUGGGCUUCCCAGACAAAGAGUACUCUCAAACAGGAUGCUGCAAAGGCCAAGGGUCCUCCGGCCGACUGCCCUCCAGAUGUCGAGGUGCUAGGCCGUAGUACAUGGACAUUGCUUCACUCUAUUGCCGCUCAGUAUCCGGAACAACCGUCAAGCGGCCAAAAAUCAGACCUUCUCAGCUUUGUCGGUCUGUUCUCUAAGCUAUAUCCUUGCUGGGUCUGCGCAGAAGAUUUCCAGGGUUAUCUAAAACGAGAAGCGCCACAGGUCAACAGCCGUGAUGAGUUCGGCAAGUGGCUGUGCGGCGCACACAACGACGUCAACCGCAAAUUGGGCAAGCCUGAGUUCGACUGUUCCAAGUGGGAGGAGCGGUGGCGGACAGGUUGGAAGGACGGAAGAUGCGAUUAA